AUGGCGGAUAUUUAUAUCGACAAGGUGUCUAUUGAUGGACGAGUCAAGAGAUUCGCGGAGGAACUUCCAGGUUCAACCUCUGAAUUUCGAUCUCAUUCGAGCGGAUUUCCUGUCGUCCGCAUCGUUGUCAUCGUCCGCUUCGUUGUCAUCGUUGUCAUCGUUGUCAUCGUUGUCAUCGUUGUCAUCGUUGUCAUCGUUGUCAUCGUUGUCAUCGUUGUCAUCGUCCUCCUCGUCCUCCUCAUCCUCAUCUUAAGAACCAGGAUACAGCGUGAUAUGGAGAGGAGGAACUAUAAGGGAGCGCAAAUGGAAGGCAAAAAAUGA